AUGCGGACGGAGGUCGAAAAACUCCAAACCAUCGGCUUCAUCUGGGAGGCAACAUAUCCGGUAUGGCUGGCAAAUUCCGUCAUGGUAAGAAAGUCCACAGGCGGGUGGCGAAUGUGCCAAGACUAUACCGAUCUCAACAAAGCCUGCCCGAAGGACAGCUUUCCGUUGCCACGGAUAGACCAGCUCGUGGAUGCUACUGCCGGCCACGAACUGCUGAGCUUUAUGGAUGCCUACUCCGGCUAUAACCAGAUAUUCAUGCACCCUCCCGACAGCGAACAUACCGCAUUCAUAACGGACAAAGGGUUGUACUGCUAUAAUGUCAUGCCGUUCGGUCUGAAGAACGCAGGGGCAACAUAUCAAAGGCUCGUCAACAAAAUCUUCGCCGAUUAUCGGAUGAGGCUGAACCCGAAGAAAUGCGCCUUCGGUGUAUCUUCCGGGAAAUUCCUCGGCUUCAUGAUCAGUCAGAGGGGGAUCGAAGCGAAUCCCGAGAAAAUAAAAGCAAUCAUCGAUAUGCAGAGGCCGAAAACGACGAAGGACAUCCAGAGCCUUACCGGACGCGUGGCCGCCCUGACCCGCUUCAUAUCGAAGGCUACCGAUAAAUGUGUACCGUUCUUCAAAGCCUUGAAAGGGGGCAAACGGGAUAUCACAUGGACUGCCGAAUGCGAUAACGCAUUUCAAGACUUGAAGAACUACAUGAGCAAAGCCCCUUUGUUGUCAAAACCGCUGCCUGGAGAAAUUCUCUACCUAUACCUUUCGGUAUCCGGAACUGCCGUCAGCUCGGUAUUGAUUCGGAAACCUAAACAGGCAGAGUUACCAAUUUUCUAUGUCAGCAAGGCACUCCAGAGUGCUGAACUUCGGUACCCACCAUUAGAGCAGCUGGCUCUAGCCCUUGUUGUCUCGGCACGAAGACUUCGGCCAUACUUCCAGGCACACGGGAUCAAAGUCCUGACCAACCAACCCCUCCGGCAAGUCCUCCAAAAACCAGAAAUUUCGGGGCGAUUGAUCAAAUGGGCGAUCGAACUCGGGGAAUUCGACAUACAGUUCGUUCCAAGGCCCGCGGAGAAGGGCCAGGCUGUUGCCGAUUUUAUCUCCGAGCUUACCCCAGCAACAGUACGGCCGACAUCUGAGGCGAUUACCGAGACCAUCUUGCCGGAUCAAACAGACGCCGAACGCCUUGACACAUCAACUCCCGUGUGGGGUUUGCACGUCGAUGGCUCGGCAAACCAGCAAGGAUGCGGAGCGGGCUUAGUGCUGACAACACCGGACGGACUCAAGAUCGAGUACGCCCUCCGAUUUGACUUUCGGACAUCCAACAAUGAAGCGGAAUACGAAGCCCUCUUGGCCGGCCUUCGGUUAGCCAAGAGCAUGAAUGCAAAGCAAAUCCGAAUUCACAGCGACUCCCAGCUUAUUGUGAACCAGGUAACGGCAGAAUUCGCCGCAAAGGAUGCCUCCAUGUACGCCUACCUUUCAACCGCCCAUCAGCUACUCCAAAGUUUCCAAGCAUACGAGAUCAAACAGAUCCCCAGAGGCGAAAACAGCCAUGCCGAUGCUUUGGCAAGACUCGCUUCGGCGAUAAACGACAAAGUCGGAAGAAAGGUACCAGUGGAGAUUCUUGCCCAACCAAGCGUUGUAGCCUCCGAGUUAUGUGCCGUACGGUAUGAGGAUACAUGGAUGUCUGAUAUAUACUUAUACCUGACGAACGGCACCCUACCUGAGGACAAAGCCCAGGCCCGGAAGCUAAGAUACCGAUCGGCAAGAUACACAGUCAUCAACGAUGUGCUCUACAAACGUGGCUACACCACCCCGUAUCUCAAAUGUCUUACGGCAGAGCAGGGGGACUACGUCCUUCGGGAAAUUCAUAACGGUGUAUGUGGCGACCAUUCCGGGUCCCGAUCCCUCGCCUACAAAGUCUUUCGGCAGGGAUACUUUUGGCCGACCAUGCAUCAGGACGCCAAUACACUGGUGAAGAAGUGUGACAAAUGCCAGCGCUUCGGUAACGUCCCACAUAUCCCUGCUGAACCUCUCACACCGAUUCUGGACAAGGCAAAGAGAGCCUGGCCGGAAAAGCUUCCCGAAGCACUGUGGGCCAUUCGGACGUCUUACCGAACGUCCACUGGAGAAACCCCUUUUUCUCUGGCCUUUGGAUCAGAAGCGGUGGUACCCGUGGAAAUCGGCGAACCUUCCUACCGAACGGAAGCUUUCGCACCGAAGCAGAACGAGGAGGCCAUGUCUCUAAGCCUUGACCUACUCGAGGAGCACCGAGCACAGGCCAACCUUCGGAAUGAAGCCUACAAACAGCGUGUGUCUCGGUAUUACGACUCUAGAGUCAGACCCCGCUCUUUCCGAAUCGGGGGCUGGGUCAUGCGCAAGGUAUCGCUUGUGACGAAGGAUACCACGGAAGGAACCCUCGGACCUUCCUGGGAAGGACCUUAUGAAGUCAUCGGUAUCCUUCGCUCGGGACCCUACCGAUUGAGAGGCUCCAACGGCAAGGCCCUCGGCCAUCCUUGGAACGUAGAACAUCUCAAAUACUACUACAAGUGA